UUGAAAUAGAAUUGAGUUUCCAAUAAUUCUCUCUCAAGUAUUCAAUAUAAAGCAAUAAUCUAAAGUGUUCAAGUGAGAAAAUCUAUUUCAUUUUCAAGGAUAUACUCGGAAAAAGAAAAGAUGAAUGGCCUAGCUACUGUUAUAUAUAUUUAGCGGGAAAAUGAACGGCUUUGGUGGAGUUCUCCCUCUUCCAUUCGAUACAAUAUGGAUUCUAUUCUUGUGCUCUUAUUCGGCGGCUUUGGCAAUAAAGCAUAAUAGCAAUUCAGGAAAAAGUGUACAAUUUAGCAAAUUCAACUCAAUUCAAGAUAUUUCAGGUGGAAAAGAUAUCUCCAGUUCAGGUAUGAAUUUAGUCCCAUUAUUAAAAUUUAUCUCAAAGUCUUCUCUCCUCGUUCGAAUCAAUUAACUGUAAAAGAAACUAUCGAAUGCAUUCAUCAGUGGACGAUUAAUCAGAAAUCUAAUUGCGCCAAUCCUCACUAUGUCAUUUAUUCAAAGAAUUUCCCAAAUAACUAUCCAAACAAUAUGAUUUGUCAUAUUAUUUUUAAUAUUGAUGCAACAUCAAACGCGAGAAUAGAGCUGAGAUUCGAGGAAUUUGACGUUGAAUUCGAAAGAAGUUGCUCCUAUGACCGUCUAAUUUUCACUGAUGACUACAAUUCAACCGCAUUUUGCGGAUACGGUUUACCUUUGAAAUCAUCCGACAAUCGACAAUCAAACUUAUUCUCGUUUCAGGCAACACAGCCAACUAUUAAUAGAACGUAUAUAGUCUCUCCCCAAGGAUCCUUGACUAUUCAAUUCAUAACCGAUAUUGCGUAUAUGGAAAGAGGAUUUAUACUGCAUGCAGAUGUUAAAUGUUCCAAAUCUCAGAUUGAAAAUUCUCUUAUGAAUGAAAAAUUGUUCUGCGCAAAUAAGAUUAAGAAGAUAAUUCGUGCGGAUUGUAGCGGUAAAAACUAUAUACUAUCAUCAGGAUACCCCUACAGUAAUCAUGAACAUUGUUCUAUUACAUUUAAACCAUUCAAAGGGAGAAGAGCAGUAUUUUCUGUCACUAUUAUAUACUUUGAAUUGGAAGAGGGUGCUUAUUGUAAACGCGAUAAACUUGAAAUUCUUGAUGGGAAUGAAAGAAACAUUCUAUGUGGAUUUAUAUCAAAAUAUGGUCGAAAAGGAGUGAAAUUUUUUGGAAAUGUAACAAAUCUCUAUCUUAAAAAACCAUAUACUACAUCAACUGGUAAAGACUUAAUAUUCAAGUUCCGGUCGGACAACUCGCAAUUCCAUAGAGGAUUUAGAUUUCACGUGAAAAUGCUAUGUUCAUCCGACGCAGACAAUAGAUAGAUCAUCCAUAAGAAACUCUAUACAGACAAUUAUCUAUCUAUUUUAAUUAACGUCAACUAUUCAUGUAAUACUGUAAUGGGAACGAAAGAGAUACACCUAUAAUACGAUUAAACAUAUCCUUAUCUCUUCAAUAAGACACUAGAUAUGAUAUUAAUUUUAUUGAAUUGAAAAAAAAAAGGUCUAAACACGAUUAACAAUGCAGCUUCAAACAAUGCGCUAAUUAAAGCAUCUAUCUACUUUAAC